GGAGAAGAGAGAAGAGGAGAGAAGACGGUUAGAGAAGGAGGAUCAGAACACGCACACGCUCUCGUUUCAUCCUCUCGGCAGGUGGACCAGAGACCGAUCCGUCAUUUUGCUCCAUCUUCUCAUUUGACCGUUCUUUGCUUUCCCCCUCGAGUGGAGGAGAGUUCUGGGGCGCGAGGGAAGCAGGAGACCAGGAUGGUCAACAACUUGACCGAAUGUGAAGAGGGAGAGGGGGCCGCCAACAGCCAGGCGGUCACCAUCACCUGUCCACCCAAGAAAGGAGAUUCGAACCCCAAAGAGAGCAGCCCGUUCAUCAACAGCGCCGAUGCCGAGAAGAGCCAACAGUAUGAUGGCAAGAACAUGGCCCUGUUCGAGGAGGAGAUGGACACAAUUCCCAUGGUGUCGUCUCUUCUCAGCAGUCUGGUCAACUACUCCAACGUCACCCAGGGCAGUACAGAACACGAGGAGGCAGAGAACAACGAGGGUUUGCGGAAGAAACCCGUCAAGGCUCCGCGGAUGGGCACGCUGAUGGGCGUCUAUCUGCCCUGUCUGCAGAACAUUCUGGGUGUCAUUCUGUUUCUGAGGAUGACCUGGAUGGUGGGCAUCGGAGGGGUCAUCGAAGCCUUCGUCAUCGUCCUCAUGUGUUGCUCCACGACGAUGCUCACGGCGAUCUCCAUGAGUGCUAUCGCCACCAAUGGCGUCGUACCUGCUGGAGGCUCAUAUUAUAUGAUCUCUCGGUCUCUGGGUCCUGAGUUUGGUGGAGCUGUCGGGAUCUGUUUCUAUCUGGGCACCACAUACGCUGGUGCCAUGUACAUCCUCGGAUGCAUUGAGAUCUUACUGAUAUAUAUCGUACCACAAGCGGCCAUAUUUAAGAUGGAGGGUCUGGAGGGUCCGGAUGCUGAGGCGGCCAUGCUCAAUAACAUGCGCGUUUACGGCACGUUGGUGUUGAGCUUCAUGGCUAUCUUGGUGUUUGUAGGAGUGAAAUAUGUCAACAAGCUGGCACUCAUCUUCCUGGCCUGUGUCAUCUGUUCCAUUCUCGCCGUCUACGCUGGAGUGAUCAAAACAGCCUUUGAGCCCCCCGUCUUUCCGGUGUGCGUGCUGGGAAACCGGACUCUGGUUUGGAAAGGCUUCGAUGUGUGCGCCAAAGUCAUGGAGAGCGAAAACACGACGGUCACCACCAAACUCUGGAGCCUCUUCUGCGAUUCUGAGUUUCUGAACGCAACCUGUGACUCUUAUUUCACCAACAACAACGUCACAGAGAUCCAGGGCAUUCCGGGGGUCACCAGCGGCAUUCUGUGGGAGAAUCUCUUUGGGAACUACAUGGAGAAGGGGUCUUUCAUUGAGAAGACUGGACUCUCUUCUGUAAUGGAUGCAGAAUCUGUCCCCACCAACACCAAUCGUUACGUUCUGGCAGAUAUCUCUUCAUUCUUCACAAUGCUGGUGGGGAUUUACUUCCCGUCUGUAACAGGUAUCAUGGCUGGAUCGAACCGUUCUGGUGACCUGCGUGACGCUCAGAAGUCCAUUCCCAUCGGCACCAUACUGGCCAUCACCACAACCUCCAUCAUCUAUAUGUCCAGUGUGAUGUUGUUUGGUUCUUGUAUUGAAGGAGCAGUUCUGAGGGAUAAGUUCGGUGAGGCGGUCAAAGGGAAUCUGGUUAUUGGGACUCUGGCGUGGCCGUCGCCGUGGGUCAUCGUCUUCGGUUCUUUCUUCUCCACCUGUGGGGCGGGGCUUCAGAGUUUGACUGGCGCUCCUCGUCUUCUACAGGCCAUAGCUCGAGACGGCAUUGUGCCCUUUUUGAGAGUGUUCGGUCACGGGAAAGCAAACGGAGAGCCCACCUGGGCGCUGCUGCUGACCGCUUGUAUCUGUGAGAGUGGAAUCCUAAUCGCCUCCUUAGAUUCCGUCGCUCCCAUUCUCUCGAUGUUUUUUCUCAUGUGCUACAUGUUUGUGAAUUUGGCCUGCGCUGUUCAGACUCUGCUCAGAACGCCCAACUGGAGACCUCGCUUCAAGUUUUAUCACUGGACUCUGUCUUUCCUCGGCAUGAGUCUGUGUCUGUCGCUCAUGUUCAUCUGCUCCUGGUACUACGCCAUUGUUGCCAUGGUGAUCGCCAGCUGUAUCUACAAGUAUAUCGAGUUCUGUGGGGCGGAGAAGGAAUGGGGUGAUGGAAUUAGAGGGUUGUCCCUCAGUGCCGCCCGAUACGCCCUCAUGAGGUUAGAAGAAGGACCUCCACACACCAAAAAUUGGAGACCUCAGAUCUUAGUUCUGGUCAGUAUGGACUCAGAGAUGAACGUGGAACAGCCUCGUCUGCUCUCUCUGACCAAUCAGCUGAAGGCCGGGAAGGGUUUGACCAUCGUGGGAACGGCGCUGGUGGGAACGUACCUGGACAACUUUCCUCAGAGCCAACAGGCUGAACAGUCUCUGAGGAAACUGAUGGAGACAGAGAAGGUUAAAGGCUUCAGUCAGGUGGUAAUCUCCUCCAACUUGAGAGACGCCACCUCACAUCUGCUUCAGGCCGGAGGUUUGGGUGGUCUUCAACACAACACGGUUCUUGCCAGCUGGCCACGCAACUGGAAACAGACCGAGGACCAUCAGAGCUGGAGAAACUUCAUCGAGUUGGUGAGAGAGACCACAGCCGCCAGUAAAGCUCUCCUCGUGCCCAAGAACAUCUCGGUGUUCCCGUCGAACGGAGAGAGAUUCACUGAGGGUCACAUUGACGUCUGGUGGAUCGUUCAUGACGGAGGAAUGCUGAUGUUGUUACCCUUCCUGCUCCGCCAGCACAAGGUGUGGAGAAAGUGUAAGAUGCGCAUCUUCACCGUGGCUCAGAUGGAUGAUAACAGCAUUCAGAUGAAGAAAGAUCUCAUGACGUUCCUCUAUCAUCUGCGUAUAGAUGCCGCUGUGGAGGUGGUGGAGAUGCACGACAGUGAUAUAUCAGCGUACACAUAUGAGAAAACUCUGGUGAUGGAGCAGCGUUCUGAGAUCCUCAAACAGAUCAACCUCACUAAGAACGAGCGCGAGCGAGAGAUUCAGAGCAUCGCUGAUAGCUCUCGGGGCUCCAUCCGUCGUAAGAACCCGGCCGCUGUCAACACCCAGCUGAGCGUGACCGAGGAGGAGCCGGCGGCCAGCAGCAAAGACCAGAAACCAGAAGAAGAGCGCGUGCCUGUUUCCUCAUCAAAACAGGAGCAACUCAUUCAUGACAAGAGUACCACCCCAGCCACCCCAGCCACCCCUCAGUCUCCCACCCCAGAGGCCCUGACCCCCGGCACGGUCGUUCAGAUGACCUGGAGUGAGACCAAGUGUGAUGGAAAGAAAGUCAAGCCGAUGGGAGCCACCACAGAAGAGGCUAUUAAAGAUUUAUUCAACAUGAAACCCGAGUGGGAGAAUCUAAACCAGUCCAACGUCAGACGCAUGCACACUGCGCUCAGACUGAAUGAGGUCAUUGUGAAAAAAUCAAAUGAAGCCAAACUGGUCCUGCUCAACAUGCCCGGACCACCCAAGAACAAAGCUGGAGAUGAGAACUACAUGGAAUUCCUGGAGGUUCUAACAGAAGGUCUCAAUCGGGUCCUCCUCGUGCGCGGCGGAGGUCGUGAAGUCAUCACCAUCUACUCCUAGGAAACUAGCGUCAUCGCGCCCCAUAUUCCUCCUGUUUUCAACCCUUCUUUCCGCAACUGCCCCAGUGUGACCCGAGCAAUAUCCCAGAAUUCCCUUCGGUCAGUCCACAAGCGCAGCUUCUUCUCAUCCAGUCUGCUGUGACCGCUCGACUCAUCUCUUCCGUCGUCCUCACGCUUCACUGUUUUCUGAAGGUGCACUGUUGAUGUCAGCGGGCGUCCGUCCGCCGAUCGCUACUCUCAUCCAAUCAGGAGACGUUGGUGGGUUCAACUUUCUUGGUUGUUGUUUUGUUAAUCAUUGUUUUGAGGACGCAGUGCAGAACAAGCGAGGCUCGAUGAAGAUGGAUUCACAGUGUUGGAGAUGCUGUGAAACAUUUCUGCCGGGGUAGCCAACCUCAGCAACACUUGACCGAAACAACAAAUGUGAUCAACAUCAACAUGAAAUGAACCCUGUUUACUUUCUUAAUGCACAUGUCUGCUGGAAUUCUUAUUACUGCAUCUGACCUGGGGAUCAAAUCCCACCCGCCGUUUCCCCUUCACUCUGAACGAUGUCACGUUACGGAAGUAAAACGGGUUCGCGAAUGCCAUUUGGUGUUGACUAUGAAGUCUCCGUCGACCUUUGUUUACUCUCAUCCUCCUCCAUCUUUGCGUUUGUUUGUGUUGGUUUUCAAGUGGCUAGCUAUUCCCCUGCCAACUACAGUCACAUGUGCCAAAGCCGAGGCUGGCGGGCUGUGCGUCUCGCCGUCUGAUGGCAGCCCAGCAAUGAACAAGAGCCGUCUAUCCACACUGGAAUUACUGACAGAAAAAAACGUGGAUUGGUGUAAAUAGGCAGUAUUAGAUGUUGGUGUAGUAUUUUUAUUGUCAAGCUUCUGGUGUAAUCUGACAGGGUGUUUUGAAGGCUACAGGUUUCUCAUUAUGGUCGCUUGAAGUUACCGUACGGUAACGAACCCCAACAAGCACUCAACCUGCACUGACAGCCACUGUGUAACAAAUGGUUUCAUGAGUCGACAGAUUCAUUGAACGAACGCGUGUGUGUGCAUGAAUGACUAAAGUUGUGUUCUUGUGUGUUAGUUAGACAUGUUUUCCCGUUUUGUGAAAUCAUCUGCGUUUGCUCGUUUACAGAGAAAUCUAUUAUCUAUAAAUGAUCUAUAUCGUAGCCAAAAUCUUUAUACAUCUAUUCAAUUGUCUAUCAAAUUUUAAAUAUUUUAGUAUCUGAUUGUAUUGCCAAAUGUCGUUUUCACUUGUGCCACAACAAUGAAAAUGUGAAAUUGUGUUUCACCGUUUCUACACCGGACGUGGCGUGACAUUCAGAGUAGAAGAAGCCGUGUGUGGCGCCACAUCCGGUGUAGACACCGUGUUAGGAUUCAAUAGAAUUCAAACAUUAACGCAUUCACUUAGAAGUGCAAUAUUAUGUUGCUUCAUUUUCUGUCAGAAUUACCGAAACACACAGUAUUAUAAUUUGCAGUGUUAUUUUAGUUAUUUUAAUCCAAGUUAGCGUUGUGACGGUUGCCAUUAUAAAAGAACCGUAUCUGAAUCACUGAAUGUGAGCAGAUUAAACAGAAAAUCGUAUUUUGUUAUAGUGUUAAUUCUAACACAAAUUUGACGCAGCAAUAGAUUGAGUUGUUUUUAAAGGGGUCAUAUGGCGGAAAUACAUGUUUUUCUGUGUCUUUGCCGUGUUAUGUUUCCCAUGCAUGUAUUAGACACGUAAAAUUGCAAAAAUUGUGUUGGAACAAAAGAUGCAUUGUAUCUAAAAGCGUAUCUUGUAUCUUUUUAACCUUAAAUCAUGUAUACACCGUGUUUUACAUCUAAAGCAAACAAUAAUAUUCAUUUUAGCCAAGUCAAAUGAUCCCAUUAAAGAAAAAAAUGCAAAGAUUUUAAAGCUAACACCUAUAAUCUUAACUCUAUAUGGAGUUCUGUAAUACAUUAGCCAAAUUAAAAAAAAUCCAAAUUAUUUCGCUAAAUUGGUUCCUUGAAAUCACCCUUAGCCUUCAUUUUGGCUGAGAUUAAUCGAGUUCAGAAAGUGUUUUUGCACGGGUAAAUGUGCAAUUGGAAAAUCACAUUGCAUUAUUUAUUUUUGUAGAGGUACAAAUGUUUUGAUAUUUUUUCUUUUUCCAUAAUUGUAACAGCAGAAAUACUAUUAACCCUACAUAUACAUGAUAAACAUUUAUCGUUAUUAAUAUAUAAUGCAUAUACAGUAGUUUACAAAAUGACAGAUUAUUAUAGUUACAUUUAAACCUCAUAGGAUAUGAAUGCUGCUGCUAUAUAUGAUUAGAUCGGAUUGUGCGUGGACAUAUAUCGAAAGAUAUUUAAAUAUUUAAAGGUAUAUUUACACUGUAAAUGGGGGGGAGGGGUUAAUGCUGAAGAACGCAGCUGUACGGCCGUUUGCACAAAAACGAGCCUUAUAAUCAACUUUAUUUCAGAUUAGUUUUGGAUAACGUUCAUGAACAGCACACUCGAUCCAAACAUAACCACGCAUUAAAGCAUUUUAACAAAGUACUGCCUGCAUAGACUGAGCCUCAGAUGAUGUAUCUCCUGUUUGCAUGGUGUGUGUUGGAGAAUUAGUUGUUGGUGAAAUUUAUUGAGAUGAAAUUAAAGGGCAGUUUAUGAAAAAAUUUCAACGCGGAGCGUUUCAGACUGUUGCCCCUAUCGACUCUGUAUGUAGCGAUUUUACGUGUCGUGGUUCGGUACUCGUAGAUCAUGUCUGAUAGAUUAGCGGGAUAUUCGGUGUUUGAUACCAGUAGUCGUCAAUUUUUAUUUUUUUGCUUUGUAUAAUAUCACUGUUGAGAAUGGAUUGUAGUUCCCUGUGCGUAAGUUAGUACACCGAAAAAAAAUGCUCCACACGUUUUUCACCGGUAACGUGCAAUAUUGAUUCCGAUUGAAAGUAGAGUGCACGGCGUAUUUAAGUGGACAUUUUAAGUUGCCGCUUCACUCACAAUUCAGCUUCUCUCAGAAUCGUCCUGACACGUAGUUCAUCAGUGUGCAAGAGAAGUGUGUGUCACAUCUGUUCUAUGGUGGCUGAGAUAGAAAUGCACUUUAAACAGACUUACACAGAGUUAAUUACGAUCCAGCGCGACGAAACAUUUUGGUGCUGACGCCUCCAGUGGCAGACGUGUGUACUGCAGUCAUUAACACCAUUGAUCUCUUAACCCUGUUCUUGGAUCCGUGUAUAGGGAGCAGGGAUGGAAACUUCUGAUUUAGUGGUUUGCCGACCGAACACGUUUGUUUCCCGCAGUAAAAUGACUACCUGAACAUGUUGAUUUUAUGAUGCUGUCGGUGUGUGUAUGCUGGUUAUUUGGCAUGAGUUUCUAGCAUUUCGUUGAACAAAAAUUAAGAGUAUAUGUAGAUGUAAAAAACGAGAAAAAGAAGAUAUAUUUCUAAUAGAAAACAUUGAAUCGAUGUGAUUUUCUGUCCUUCCUGACAUCACGUCAUCAUUUCACAUCUCUGAGCACUGUAUUGAAAUGUGAUCACCGUAUAAAUCCCAUCAUAUGAAUAUGGAUUAAAGAUAAUAAACAAGCGCUUCCACUGCUGGCCUUGGCUCUAUUCAAACUGACGGUGUUUCUCUUCUCUUUAGUCAGUAUUACACCAUAAAACCCCGGGACCUGUGUAGCAAACAGAGAAAGAUAGUUAAGGCGUUCUCUUACAAUCAGACACAUCUUAGAAUACUAAAGGGCUCUGAAAACCGUCGACAUGAAGACAAUCCUCUUCUUAUUGAAAAAAAGCAAAGGUGAAAAGAUUGUGGAAUAACAAGAUGCCGAAUUGUUAAGAAUGCAACGCUCAGUGCGAGCUCCGGCUUCCAGUGAAAAGAGCCAAUCAUCACAGACGAUGAUCAUCUGGGGGCGGAGCUCUCUGUAAAGUUUGGCGAGGUACUUUCCAACUUUCGCGCGUGGGCAGUAAGUUAGCUGGAAAACAUGUUCAAGCAGAUGUUUGGUUCAGUUAAUUUCGAGUUUAGCUUGUAUUUGUUUUGAGAAACAUUCCAGUUACGGUGAUUGAGUUGUGUUGGUGAGCUCUUAGGGAUCCAUAUGUUGAAAUCCAAACAAUUUACACGUGAAUCAGUUGAAAUAGAGCCAGAAUCCAGACCUGUUGUCCUGUUCAACGCAUGCACAUUACCCUGAACAAGCUGAUAUCUAGAUAUAAAUAUAUACAUAUAUAAAUAUUUCAGUGUUUUGUGAUACACAGUAUUAUGUUGACGCCGGUUUAUUUGCGUUCUUUUCAUUGUAAAUGCGUUAUUUUUACCAGACGUUUGGUGUUCUUGGUGUUUCUUUAGACCCUUUAGUAUCUUAGUGUGAAUGAGUAUGGACUGAUGUAAAGGGGUCUGUUUUAACUAUAGUCUAGUUAGUUUAGCCACGAAAAAAGACCGUUUUAUCACAAGUUAAUUUAUGAAAAGAAGAACUUACCAAAGUAUAUUUGUGUUAAUCCGGAAAUGUCUUUAGUGAAUUAAAAACUGUAAUUCUAAUGAAUUCAAAGGAAGCUUGAGGGGUUUGUUGUGUUUUGUAUAAAAUCAUUUACACCGGUUUUUCCACACAAUCAUGCCUUAAACACACAAUCUGGCAGCUAUAUGUCAAGGGACGUUAAACAAAAGUGCAAUGGUUGACAAUUUACUUUUCCUGGAUGAAAUUAUACAUGAAAUGUCAUUUAAUGACGUCUAAAUUCGAAUUGGACUAGAUGAGCAUUCUUGCAUUACAUCUUCGACUCUAAAUGCAUUUUAUAGCGAUAUUAAAUAUAUUUCAAAAGCCACUUGAUGACAUCAGCAGAGGUCAAAUGACUGUAUCACACCUGCGACUUCAUUCAGGUCCCUCAGGCUUGUUUUUCAUUCAUUUGAACUGAAAGCAUUUUGUACUUGCAUUUGAAUGCAGUUGUGUUUGUGUGUGUUAUUUCAGUUUGUAUGUUUGUGCGUGAACAAUGAUGUACACAGUAAAUCUGGGACCAUGGGAAAUGAUUUGGGUUCCUGUAAAUAUAGCAGAAACAGUGUUGAGGUGUUUAUUUUUGUGUCGGUGCAAGUUCAAUAUUUUAAAAAGAUGAUAAAUGACGAGUAUUAUCUAUUAUUGUGUUUCAUGGUACAUGAAGAAAACAACAUAGUUUUCUCUUACAUUUACAAUGCUUUCUCUCUAUGGCUUCUGCAAAACUCUCACUCCAUUUUAUAGAUUUGUCAGCACAAAAUGCAAUAAACUACUACCAUUUUAUUACA